AUGCGAAGACAGGGCCUCCUCGUUCUGAGUGCCCCGGGAGGGGCCGUGGCUAGAAGGCCGCUGUCUCCAAGUAGGCCCCCGGCUGUGCUCCUGCUUGGCGAAGGAGAGGAUACGUGGGGGUUACGAACCUCCUUUUCUGGUUUUCAGUUUAUUCUGAAGGCUGUCAUUGAAUUUGCAUGGAUUUGGAAGUUAAAGGAGUUGCUGCAUCCCCUCGAAGGCAGGCUCAGCUGUCAUGGAGGGGGAAGAAACGGCAGGGGCAGGCUACAAGGGUGUGUGGCAAGAAAGGAGUUACAGUUUUGUGACUCCUCUCGAAUCGUGAAAGGUGUUAGGGCACUGCUGGAAAUACGCUGUCUGCUCAGUUCAGACUGUGAUGCUGAGAUCUCUGAGCUGAAGAGUGUGAAAACAAAGGUGCUGGCCCUGGGGCUGGAGACCAGAUACACGGGCUACUCGCGGUCCUCGCCCACCAGAGAUGGGGACUCUUACAUACCAUACAGUGGAAGUUAUCCUCAUACAUGCCCUCUAGAUUCAUCUUCAGAUUGGAGAACAUCAUUACAAACACCGUAUGCGCAGCAUGAUCAGGCUCAACAGAAGACGAUACCAGAAAAUCUGCCAUCCCCAACAGACAGGUAUAAAUUGAAGUAUCGUCAGUAUGAAGCAGAUAUGAAGGAAGAAUAUAAGCACUAUUCUCAGAGAAUUGCAGAAAAGAAAAAAUACGACCUCCGGUGUCCAGAAGCUUCGAUAAAGAAAAGGUUUGUGAUGUAUAACAAUGAGUUUACUGAUUUUACUUCUCUUGAUGAGAAAGCUCUCCUGCAACAAUGCUACACAAGCAAGCCCUAUAAUAUGCAGCACAGUAUAAGGAAAUCAGAAGCUGAGGAUGUUGCUGCAGAGAGGAGAAAACAGGCUGUAGUAGAACAAGUGAUAGCAGAUCAAUUAUCUAGAGCUGUUAUAAGUGACCCAGAGCAGUCCACACGUGCUGAUGUUCACAAGGAAGCUCAAGGACUUCUGGGACUUGGGACAGCACCAAUGCGUUUUAGAAAAAGAACACUGCAUGAAACGAAAAUAAGGACCAAAUCAGGAUUAACUGAAAACAUGCUCUCUAAUAAGCUGCGCUUUGAUAGUAGGAUUAUAUCAAGAAAUGGUCGCGAUGCUUGUAGAGAGUUGAUUGGAUUUUUUUUUGUAUGUGAUGGAUCCCUUACGGUGUAUGAAUUUCGGCAGUUUGGAAAAAAUAGAACAAAUGCCUUGCCUUUCAUUCAGAAGGGAGUUUAUCAACAUCAGCGUGGACAAAGGAAGGGCAAAGCUUAUGAUCUUAGUGACUUUUAUAUUGGAGCUAACCUAACUUUCCGAAGUGUUGAUCAUAAACUUCCAGAAAGUGUUAAGCAGAACCCAGUUCUCACCCUUCGUGUGAUAAGUACUGAUGAAGCAGCGAUGGAUUUUCUAAAAGCUGCUUCUAUGGAAUUCAAGCAGGAGUGUUCCAAGCAAGUGGAUGAUGACAGCAAAAUUUUCAAGAAGAUUCAAGGUACGCUCAGAGAGACACUAAGGAAAAGAGAAGUUCGGGUUAUAACAGGCUUAGGAAAGUAUUUCCGACAAGUAGACAAGAACAGAAAUGGUUUUCUCUCUCAGGCAGCCUUUAAAGAAGCUCUAAAAGUGUUCCAUUUGGAAAUGCCUGAAGGGGACUUUCAAUCCUUAUGGCUAAUUCUUGAUGAUACCAAGAGUGAUAAGGUCGACUAUGGAGAAUUUACUCGUGCCAUAUUUGGAGAAAUGAAUGAAUAUAGGAAAGCGUUUGUAAGAAAAGCUUAUAUGAAACUAGAUUUCAACAAAACUGGGAGUGUGCCUAUGGUAGAUAUCAGAAAAUGUUACUGUGCAAAGAAACAUCCUCUGGUAUUGGCAGGCAAAGCAACAGAAGAAGAAAUUAAGUCGUCAUUUCUAGAAACAUUAGGAGAGUCCUGCAGCAACCCCAAUGAAGUGUCCUAUUCUGAGUUUGAAGAUUACUAUGAAGGAUUAAGUAUUGGAAUCAUGGAUGAUGAUGAUUUUGUUAAUAUCUUAAGGAACCCUUGGGGAAUUUAGAGUGGAAGAUGGCAAAAAUGAAGAGACAUUUUCUGAACAAGGAGUGAGCUAAACAAGGCAGGAUUUAGUCUCGUGCCUUACUUCUUCAUAAUUAGUGUCUUAAACUGAUUUCAGAGACUGGAAAUUUUGGAUGCUUUCAGAAUGAUACAUGGCAAAUUUCUUAGAGUGUCUGUUGAGCUAUGCUAAGUGCUUUUUCAAUAUAAAUGCUGUUCAUUCCUUUUCAUUGGAAAUAAUAAAGGCUGUUCCACAUACCAAAAGGCAGCAUUUACUUGAUAUUAGAAUAAAGUGGCCUAUUUUAAAAUAAGAGGGAAUUAGAAUACUAAAAUGCAUGAAGGGGUAUAUGCAAGAGAAAAUUUAGCUUUAUGAUGCAUUGUGAAAAGCUUUAGAUUUUACAGUAUAAAUAUCAAUGGUAGCUUUUCUU